AUGGACGAUCCCAACGCUGAUACAGAAUGGAACGAUAUUUUACGUGCUAAAGGAAUUCUCCCACCCAAAGACGAAAAAAGAGAUGAUGACCUCGAAGAUGCUUUUGUUGAAAUGGUGAAAGCUAGAGAAGCCAAGUUAAAUAGCUUAGAAAAUAAGGAACUUGAUGAGUUGGACGAAUUAGAAGACUUGGAAGAUGACCAAAUAUUGAACGAAUAUAGAUAUAAACGUAUGAUGGAAAUGAAAGCACAAGCAGUUAAAGAAAAAUACGGAGAGGUGACCGAGAUAUCAAAACCUGAAUUCAUUAAAGAAGUAACUGAGGCCAGCAAGGAGUGUUAUGUUGUUGUUCAUUUGUAUAAAGACUAUAUCCCAGUGUGUAAAUUAAUGAAUCGUUGUUUAUCAGAAUUAGCACAACAAUUUAAAGCGACCAAGUUUCUUAAAAUCGUCAGCGAUCAAUGUAUACCAAAUUAUCCUGAUUUCAACGUUCCAACGUUAUUGAUCUAUGGAGAUGGAGAUAUAAAAGCAAAUUUAGUGGGAGCAGUUCAGUUUGGCGGCAUGAAAAUGACAACAAAGAGCCUUCGUGCUUUAUUGGCUACAUAUGGUGCAGUUCCAGCUGAUAAAUCUGAAGACGAUGAUGAAGAUCGAAAGACAGCGCCCAAAAAGUCCAUUUAUCAAUCUAGGGCAACAGCAGCGCUUAGUAGUGAUGAGGAGGAAAGCGAUAAUGACAAUGGAUAUUAUUAA